AUGGCUAUUUAUUUUGUACUGUUACUACUUUACAGGGCUUCUGGCUCAAUAAAGGGAAGGCCACCCAAGCCUACCGAGGAGGCGAAUCUGGACAUAAAAGUCACCAUAGACAAUGAGCCUGCAAAUCUUAAAGGGCUGAAGGAACCCCUCAAAAAGCUCAAUGAACAGCAAAAACCCACAGAAAUCACAAAACCUAAUUUAUUACCAAAAAUAGCAAAGGGAAUAAAACCCAUCACAGCGGCAGAUGUAAGAAUCAGCAAACCAUUUGAAAACCAGGAAAAAGCUUCAGAAGACAUCAAAACCCAAACAGGUCAGAAAAGUGAGGAAAAUAUUCAGAGUUGUCAAAGUAAAACGGAAAACCACUGUGAUCCACAAAAAGGUAGUAAAUCAAAGGAUUCAAAAGAACUCCAGAAAGCCAGCAAAGAACCUGACAAAGUGAAUGAAUUGGCAAAGGAAGAAACAGAUUCCACAGAGACCACAGCCAAAGCAGAGAAAUCAAAGGGAGAUGUUGAAAAGCCAGAAGAUUACAAGAUCAUCAUUGACGAUAGUCCAUCACCUCCAGCCCCCUUCAGUCAUCGCAUUGUGAUCACCAAACAAAUUCAUGUAGCUUCCUCAUACACAGUUCACCACAAUGAGGUGUUAGGAGGGGGUCGGUUUGGCCAGGUUCAUAAAUGUGCAGAAACAUCAACAGGCCUCGAACUUGCUGCCAAAAUAAUAAAAGUUAAAGGACCAAAGGAGAGGGAAGAAGUAAAAAAUGAAAUAACUGUCAUGAAUCAGUUAAGUCAUGUCAACCUGAUCCAGCUUUAUGAUGCCUUUGAAGCCAAGAACAAUGUCACCUUGAUUAUGGAAUAUGUUGGUGGUGGAGAACUAUUUGAUCGAAUCAUUGAUGAAAACUAUAAUCUGACAGAAUUGGACACAAUCAUCUUUGUGAAGCAGAUCUGUGAAGGUAUCCAAUACAUACAUCAACAAUAUGUGCUGCAUUUAGACCUUAAGCCAGAGAAUAUUUUGUGUGUAAACACCACAGGAAAUCAAAUCAAGAUUAUUGACUUUGGUCUGGCCAGAAGGUAUAAGCCAAGAGAAAAACUAAAAGUUAAUUUUGGUACCCCAGAAUUUCUUGCUCCGGAAGUGGUGAAUUAUGAUUAUGUUUCAUUCUCCACCGACAUGUGGAGUGUGGGAGUUAUCACCUAUAUGUUGCUGAGUGGCUUAUCCCCUUUCUUGGGUGAUCAUGACACUGAAACCAUGAACAAUAUUAUCAAUGCAAACUGGGAAUUUGAUGACGAAGGAUUUGAAAAUGUUUCUGAAGAAGCAAAAGAAUUUGUUUCAAAUCUGCUUGUGAAAGAAAAGUGUAACAGAUCCAGUGCGUCACAGUGCCUGAAACACAAAUGGCUGAACAACUUACCAGAGAAGGCAAACAAGUGUAGGGUUCGUCUCAGAUCCCAAGUGAUGCUGCAGAAGUACAUGUCACAGCGCUUAUGGAAGAAAAAUUAUUAUGCAGUUGCUGCAGCUAACAGGUUCAAAAAGAUUAGACAGCAGAGUUUGUGCAAAAACGCUUAG